CAUUCCUCCUUGCUUCAUCGAUAUACUCAAGGGCCCUGCAUGUACUAUUAUAUCCGCCUGCUCAAGAACACGCCCAUUGAGGCCGUGAUUCAGGAGCCAUUCAAGCUCGUCUUCACGAUUACCACAGACCUGACCGAAAAGUUCUAUGACCAGCCCUGCAAACUCAGGUGCCAGACCGUUGUCCGGACCCCAUCCACCAUCCCAGGGGCGACCGCCGAAGACACUGUCAUGACGAUCAUGCCUCAGGGACUCACUCAGGGAUAUUCACUCGAUUAUGAUCCCAAGAUCGGAUACUGUUCCGUCGAUGUUCGCCUGGCUCCCUGUAUGACCCCUUACGAUGAAUGCCAGCUCGUCCUUAGUCUCGAUCCAACGCCGUACACCACCAACCAACCAGGCUCCAAGACAUUGCUUGAGCCACCAGAAUACGAGAUCUUGCCUGCAUGGUCCCUGCCUAUCCACCUGAAGCCAGCACCAUUGAACUUUUCGAAAAAGACAAAGCAUCGGAAGGUUAACAAGAAGUAUUUGAUCGACACCCGACAGGAUCUGGUGGAGCGCUAUUUCAAAUUGCCAGCGCAUCUCACAGGACUGCAUGGACCCGGCCGAUCACUACUGGUUCGGGAGGAUGCAACGGAAGGAUUCAUGGCUCGGCAUAUUUGGGAUUCAGGAGUAUUUAUGACCAAACAUCUUAUGCUUUCGGACUCAUGGCUCAGCAAGUACAUGAAGGAGACACGGGAGCAGGACAAGGAUGAAAAAGUAGAUGUUAACCAGGAAAAAUCAUUAGAAUCAUCUUUAUCGACGCUCUCUGUUUUGGAUACAUCAGUACCAGCACCAGGAUCAUCAUCACCAUCGGAUCCAUCCCCUACUCCAAUACCCAGUCAGUGCCGUGAGAGAGUAUGUCUCGAACUUGGAGCUGGAACAGGACUCGUUGGCAUUGCCGUCGCAGUAGCAUUCCCAGAACUCAGCGUACUCUCAACUGACCUGGAUGAGGCCUUGGCUCUGAUGCAGCAGAAUGUGGAUGCGAACGCAGCGCUCCUACCCAACAAUAACAUGAAAGUCGGCUUCUUGGACUGGGCCGAGAAGGAUCGCAAGGUCAAGCCCGUUGAGAUCUUGCUGUUGGCGGAUGUGGUCUAUAAUGAUCUGUCGCAUGAGUUCUUGUUACAGACGAUUCUGGAUUAUAGCGACGAGAAGACCAAAGUCCUGCUGGGAUACAAGUUCCGCCACGAGGCCGAACAGCAGUUCUUUGAGCGGGCUAAGGACUACUUCAACAUUGAGAAUGUGCACCAGCAAGAUACCAUGCAGCUCUUUGUGAUGACACGCAAGGCCAACUAGGCGCUACGAGGCCAUGAAGAAACCCAAAUAAACUUAGAAUAAUCAUGGCACGAACCCAUGCACAGCCUCCUUCUUGCAUUGAGGGCCCAUAGGAUUCUGAGCAUCAUUAGGGCGCAGUCACCUUGCCCACUAAUAAACAUGCUUUGUCGAGC